AGAAAUUCUAAUUACGGAAAAAAGGAAAAUAAAAAAUAAAUGAAAAGCCGUGUUCCAGGAGUAGGAUUUGUAUGGCUUGAGCGGUGAUGUGAUGUGAAUCAUCAUCAUCAUCAUCGUUUCGUACAAAUACCCUUAGAGAAAACCCUAAUUUUCUUGCUCCCAAGGGUUUUACUUUCAUUCUCAAUUUCUCUCAUACUCCUUACUAAUUCCUUUUUUCGAAACGACGAUGAUGCAUAACUCAACCGACGAAUCGGAAUGGGAGGUGAGACCUGGUGGUAUGCUCGUCCAACGAAGAGACGACGACGCUGCUCCUUCCGACCAACCUCCUCCUCCUCCCCAGGAUCCCGACUCUGCUUCCGCCGCCUUUUCUCAAACCAUCAGAAUCAGCGUUUCCCAUGGCUCAUCCUCCCACCACGAUCUUCAUGUUUCUGUUCACGCCACUUUCGGGGAUGUGAAGAAAGCUAUUGUUCAGAAAACUGGAUUGGAAGCUACUGAACUCAAGAUCUUGUUCAGGGGAGUUGAGAGAGACGAUGCUGAGCAAUUGCAAGCUGCUGGUGUUAAGGAUGCGUCUAAGCUUGUCCUUGUUGAGGAUCAGAACAAGAGAGUGGAACAACAAGUUGAACAGCCUCCUCUGGUAACUGAAGAGACGAAGAAGGCGAUUGCUGCAAUUCUCGCAGUCACAGAAGAGGUCGAUAAGCUUUCAGAUAGGGUUGUUGCUUUAGAAGUUGCUGUGAAUGGAGGGACUAAAGUUGCGGUAAAGGAGUUUGAUAUGACUGCUGAGCUUCUCAUGAGGCAGUUGCUUAAAUUGGAUGGCAUCAAUGCAGAAGGAGAUGCUAGGUUACAGCGUAAGGCAGAGGUGCGUAGGGUGCAAAUAUUGCAGGAGAGUGUGGACAAGUUGAAGGCAAGAUGUUCAAAUCCGUUUGUGGAUCAGAGUAAAGCCGCAGCUGUAAGCACUGAGUGGGAAUCGUACGGAAACGGUGUGGGAAGCUUGAACCCUCCUCCGCCAGCUUCGCCUUCUGCCAAUGUAACUCAAGAUUGGGAGAGGAAUGUGAAACAUGGAUGAUCCGGUAUGGUUCGAUCGGAUUACCUAAAUGGAUUCAACGAGUAAUGUGUGGAUUGGGUUUACUUAACCCAUCUGAAUUUGAUGUACCAAAUUAAUCCGGUGUUAACCCAUUUGAAUUUGAUGUACCAAAUUGAUCUGGUACGGUUAGAUCGAUUACCCAAUUUGUGUAGUUUUGUCAAGUAUUUGAUGGACCAAAUGAGUAAUGGUGCAAUUCGUAUA